GAGAAGACAGCCCACAAUAACACUGAGAGUCUGCAGACUGGCUGAAGACCGCCCCACCUUCUAAUCUUGACCAGAGACGAACAGGAAGCACUGAAGCUGGAGAGGCGCCAGGUGCCUAGGUCAACCAGCUGUGGUGAGGUUGGGGUGUCACAGGGAGGCUCAGCAGAACAACCUUAGACUCAGGAGCCUGAAGGGCCGCCGCUCACCCCUGAGGACACAGAGGAUCUAAACACACCUGCGUCACAGCCGCUCAGCCAGGCAGGCGUCAGCGCAGAUACCAGCACUUCGACAGGAAUUAGAUCAGCGGAUAGUAUCUUGGUGCAAAGCAGUGAGGGCACUUCACACUCACUUGAGGUGCAGGCGGAGGCAGAGAGUGCCCAGGGCGCCAGCAGUCGGAGGACUGCUGGGGACCAGGAACAUGCUCGGUCAGUGGCUGGAGUUGUCCCUGAGGCAGCAGAUACUGGACGUCCAGCAGCGUGUGCGGGAGGGUCUGACGGAGAUACAUGAGGGUAUGCGUGCCAUGGUCUAUGUUGUGGAGAAGUCCUUGUGGAGCGUGAGCAAUGGAAUAACCCUCAUGGCCAAGCGCUCUGCCUCCUCCGUUGAGAGAUUGGCGACUCUCAUGGAUAGGCAGCUCCAUGAGCUCAAUCAAGGUUUCCUGGGGAUGCACUCGGACCUGCAAUCCCUCAUACAGGCAAUGACCUCAUGUGGUCAGUGUCAGUGUGGGAGAUGGAUGAGACACCCAGUAACCCAGUUUGGUGGCUGUCCAACACUGCUGAGCAGGGAUGUCCACAGCGACCUCACGUUGGUUCACGAUCUGCCUGUCAUCUCUGCGGGCUCCUCUCAGGGCACUUCAGAUGAUGGCAGCAAACAUCAUACCCCUCUGCCAAUGAUCGUGGCAUCCUAUGAGGCUGCGGCAACUGGGGGGAUGCCAACUGUGGCUCUGGCCACUCCCUCCCAGUCAGGGCCAGCACAGGCUCCACUGGCCAGAGGACGACCACCAAGGUCAACAAGACCAACAAGACAGCAGGUUCAGCACGCUGUCUCCAAAGCCGAUGCCAGUGAGGGGGGAGCACCAAGACAUAGCACUCGCAAUCAUAAACUUAAAGUACUUUAAGCACAACACGGACUUAUAACUGGUGAUAUUUGUUUCCUCCACCUUUACAUUAAAUGUUCUUUGGUGUGAUGGAUAACACAAAUCAAUUUAGUUUAUAUUAUGUGUGCCAGGCACCAUAUCAUUAAAUGUGUUUUCAUACAACAAGCCUUUGGAUGUUUCAUUAGUUCUGCAGGCGCAGGGUAACCCAUGAUGUUAUGAGUGACUUGUUUGUCUUUGAACUUUAUUGCAAUGGCACAUAGUGCAACUUGUUCAACAAGCAAGUGUUCCUGUCAGAGAUCAAGUAUGGACCCUGCAGCCCUGGCAUGCGAUGAUAGUUCUUAUUUGGUAGGCUAGCUGAAGGAGCAUUGGAUCAAAACAUCCCAGGUAUACCUGCCUCCCUAGAGGUUGCCCAGGUCGGUGUCUAAGUAGGCGUUCUCCUGAGCGUGCCCAUCCCCUGACUCACUACUGGGCUCAUAGUCUGCUGCCAGAGCAGCUGCGUCUACAUCUUCUUCCUCCACUGCAUCCCCCCUUUCCAGCGCCGGAUUGUGGAGAGCGCUCUCCACAACCGCACUUGUGGAGUUGUGGUGCCUGUUAUACUGCUGCUCGGCCUCUGUUCUUGGAUCACAGAGAGGCGUCAUGAGCCACUUUUGAGGGGAUAGCCCUUGUCACCCAGCAGCCAUCCAUCCAGCC